GUGUGCUACUCUGAUUCACUGCAGAUUUUGCCAGUCUAUCUCUUAUAGCCAUUAUUUAGCCACAACCCUUUCUGUAUCUAUCUGAUUUAUAAUAAUAUUUCAAAUUCCUUCAACUCCAUUUCAUAUCAACCUUCAAGGUUACUCCUGAAGAAUGGCUAACUUUAAACUAUGCAACCUACUCUUGCUACUCUUCGCUUUACUGCUUUCUGCAUUUGUGAUACAAGGGUCUAGAACUCAAAUAACAUUUCCUUAUUAUCAAAGGUCCUUUGAUUCCUCUCCAUCUCAUUUGAAGCAGGGAAGCAGUGAAGCAAAGAUAAACAGGAAUUCAAGAAGAUUAAUGAUUGGCUCAACUGCACCAACUUGCACUUAUAAUGAAUGUAGAGGUUGCAAAUACAAGUGUAGAGCUGAACAAGUUCCAGUCGAAGGAAACGACCCAAUCAACAGUGCCUACCACUACAAAUGCGUAUGUCAUAGGUAAAAUUUCGAUCAAAUUAAUAUUAUUGUAAGGUGAACUGAUGAGCUGCAGGGUGCAGUUUUGAAUCAAGAUAUUACGGAGCAGAUUGUCUAUUCAAUUAGCUAGUUACAUGAAUAUCAAUAUUAGCUGUGAAGUGUCCAUCUGGGACGCAUCAACUUUCACCUCUUAGAUUAUAAUGCAUCUUUCUUGGCGAAAAUCAAUUGAAUUUUCACACUCUUGUCUUUUAUUUUCUUGAUUGCUGUAUCUGGAACAGUAGAACUCAUGUAUCAUGAGUCUUAUCUUUUAUGAAUCGUCCUUGU